AUGUCCGACCUACUACCUCGUACGACGUUGCCAGCAGAGAUCCUAGCCUACAUAAUCGAACUCGUCAUCAUCACCUCCACGCCUUCUCCGCGCACGAUCGCGCCCGCUUCCGCCGCAAACACCUCUUGUUUCACCACACCUCUCGCGUCAUCCUCCACUUCUGACUGGUGCUCGACAUCGUCGCUCCUGCUCGUCUCGAAAUUCUUCUUUUCCGUUGCACAUCCAUUGUUGCUUCGCACACUCACGCUCGACUCGACGCGCGCCGGACUCGCCUUCUUCCGAUCAGAAACCGCGGACAAAUGGCUGAACAAAGUGCAGAACGGCUGGUUCGGCAAUGUCUCAGCAUUGCAGAGACACGCUGGCACAAGCAUCGAUCCGGUCGAGUGGAGAUUGCGUCAAGCAGCAUGGUAUGAAGAGUGUCCGGGUGGGUUCGUUGUUGGACAUGCCUAUGCGUCCAGAAACAAGGCCAAGAAGACGAGCGAGCGCGCAGAAAGGGAGAGAAAGUAUCGAAGUGUCAGUGUGUACUGGGCCGAAGAAGAGCUGCUCGAAGAGGUCAGUGAUCCUGAUCGAAGCAGUAGCAGCGAGAGCGACGAUGCGACCGACCAGGAUCAACCGGUCCCACUGUGGCAACAGUCGAGCGCGAUGGCACGAUCCUUGCCAUCUCACACAACGACGAGCUUCGGAUAUCGUCCAACGACGCCACGUCCAUCGACACUCAGGCGAUCAUCACAUCAAGCAUCGUCGACGAGCUGGGAUGCGAGCCAUAGUCAUCCGCAUGAGCCUGCAUGGCAGACCUUGUAUUCACGUCCGCGCCGAUCGUCUCCCGGAAGAAGCAGGAGUCAAGCCAGCUCCUGUGCAAUGAAUGGUACAGGUUCAAGUCAGGGCGGCACUGAAAGUCCCAUCGGUCCUUCAGAGGGUGAUUUGGAUCCUUGGGAUAUGCAAGAUGCUCAGGAACGAUUGACUGCCUUAGCAAAUGCUUCGUCUGAUCACCAAGACGCUGUGACAAGUGGCGAUUCCUUGCAGUCGAGCGUCGUCAACAUCGCGCUCGAUUCACCGCCACCCAUGUCUGCAUCACCGACUUGGUUCACUUUGCACAAUCACGCUCGUCGCCGAGAAAUCUACGCCUAUCACAUCUGCACAGCCACACUGGAAGCUUUUAUCCAACCACUCCUAUCGUCGAUCCGCACACUACGCCUGAUCACGCUCACCUUGUACCCGGGGCAUCUGCUGGAUGACGACAAGCUGGAACACAUGCUGCGUCGCAUCCUGUCUGCGUCUGAAUCGCCCCGCCUCGAGACGCUGCUGAUUCGGAUCGUGUUCGAUGCCGCCACUGCUGGGUCGAGGACGCGACGAUUUGAACGCACAAAGACGAUCGCUGGCGCGGUAAAUCGGAUCGGCGACGAGCGCGUGAGGGUGAUGCUCGUCAAUGCGAGCGUGGGUGAGGGUGAACUGGUCGAAAGUCGAUCAGACCAAGCUGAUGAAAUCUGGAGUCCCAUUAGUCGCAAAGCGAUCACCUCAACAAAGGAAGGUUGGUGGUCCAGGGUUCUUCAGCAAAACCAUUACACCGCACAGCAAGAGCAAACACAACUCUCUUCGACGCCAAACUCGACCAACCUUACCGUUCCAGAAGAGCACCAACACCAAUUCAACAAUUGGAGCAUGUUCUUCCCUCCGCACCGACAUGCAGACCCAACGCACUUGGUCAAUUUGAUCCACCACUCCGAUCCGUGGCCGGACUGUCCUAGUCCGGUAUGA